CCCCGCCUCGCCCCGCCCCCGCCCCGCCUCCGACCUCCUCCGAGAGCUCCAGACCUCUCAGCUACUCCGAAGCCUGCGGACUGCUGGGAUCGCGCUAUGGAGUCGACUGGCGGCGACGGGAAGGCCCCGGGCGGCCCCCGGGUGCUGGUGGUGGGCGGCGGCAUCGCGGGGCUGGGCGCGGCGCAGAGGCUUUGCUGCCACUCCGCCUUCCCGCACCUGCGCGUCCUGGAGGCCACGGCGCGCGCCGGGGGCCGCAUCCGCUCGGAGUGCAGCUUCGGUGGCGUGGUGGAGGUGGGCGCACACUGGAUCCACGGGCCCUCCCGGGGCAACCCCGUCUUCCGGCUGGCUGCUGAGUACGGGCUGCUGGGGGAGAAAGAGCUGUCGGAGGAGAACCAGCUGGUGGAGACCGGGGGUCACGUGGGCCUGCCCUCCGUGACCUACACCAGCUCCGGGGUCCGCGUGAGCCUCCAACUGGUGGCGGAGAUGGCGACUCUGUUCUACGGCCUGAUCGACCAGACCCGAGAGUUCCUGCAGGCCGCGGAGACCCCGGUGCCCAGCGUGGGGGAGUACCUCAGGAAGGAGAUCAGCCAGCACGUGGCCGGCUGGAGAGAGGACGAGGAGACCAAGAAACUGAAGCUGGCCGUCCUGAACGCCUUCUUCAACCUGGAAUGCUGUGUGAGCGGCACCCACAGCAUGGACCUGGUGGCCCUGGCGCCCUUCGGGGAGUACACCGUGCUGCCCGGGCUGGACUGCACCUUUUCUAAGGGCUACCAAGGGCUCACAAACUGCAUGAUGGCCUCCCUGCCAGAGAACACGGUAGUGUUUGAGAAGCCCGUGAAGACUAUUCACUGGAAUGGGGCCUUCCAGGAGGCAGCCUUUCCCGGGGAGACCUUUCCAGUGUCAGUAGAGUGUGAGGAUGGAGACCGGUUGCCAGCACACCAUGUCAUCGUCACCGUGCCCUUAGGUUUUCUUAAGGAACACCUGGACACCUUCUUUGACCCUCCACUGCCAGCUGAGAAGGCAGAAGCAAUCAGGAAGAUCGGCUUCGGGACCAACAAUAAGAUCUUCCUGGAGUUUGAGGAGCCCUUCUGGGAGCCAGACUGCCAGCUGAUCCAGGUGGUGUGGGAGGACACAUCCCCGCUGGAGGACCCUGCCCCCGCACUGCGGGACGCCUGGUUCCGGAAGCUCAUCGGCUUUGUGGUCCUUCCUGCCUUUGGGUCUGUCCACGUUCUCUGUGGGUUCAUUGCUGGGCUCGAGUCUGAGUUCAUGGAGACUCUGUCGGAUGAAGAAGUGCUUCUGUGUCUCACCCAGGUGCUCCAGAGAGUGACAGGAAACCCACAGCUCCCUGCGCCCAAGAGCGUCCUGCGGUCUCGCUGGCACAGCGCCCCAUACACCAGGGGCUCCUACAGCUACGUGGCUGUGGGCAGCACAGGGGACGACCUGGACCUGCUGGCUCAGCCCCUCCCUGCAGACGGCACCGACGACCAGCUCCAGAUCCUGUUUGCAGGGGAAGCCACACAUCGGACAUUUUACUCCACGACGCACGGGGCUCUGCUGUCGGGGUGGAGGGAGGCUGACCGCCUCCUUGGUCUGUGGGCCCCGCAGGUGCAGCAGCCCCAGCCCAGGCUCUAGGGCCAGCCUGCGCUGCUCCUCCCGUGCUGGGGGAGGCUGGGACCCUCGUUUCCUCUGACGAUUUCAGCCUGGAUUGAGAUUUGAGGAUGUUAAUGAGAGCCUUCUGGUUUUGGUGACUUUCUCA